UGGGAGACGGUGGGAGGUUAACAGCAGUUAAGCUAGCAUGCUAACAGGCUGGUUAGCGGACAGUUGAAUCACCCGCGGCCGUUAAAGAUUUAAAAUGAUCUACCCCGUUAAAAAUUAAACGUUUAGGCCCAGUGUUUGACUCACGAACGGCGGUCACCGCUUCACCGUCUGUCGGCGUUAGCUAGCUCGCAUGGCAGCAGCGGUGUCCGGCGGAUAACGCUAGAGCUAAGUGUAGUGGUUAACCCGCUAACCAGUCACCAGACCAAAGAUUUACCCCUAUUUCACCCGGUAAAAGUGUUCAUGUGCUCGGUCAGCAGGGAUGGAUGUGAGUUAAAGACUGGACUAGGACGGUCUGACUCGGGUCUUUGGCUCUUUGCAAGGAGCCUUUGUGUCAAGUCGAGCAGAGCAGUUCUCCUCAGCAGCAGCGUGGUCCUCCCGGUCAGGACCAGACUCUGGGAAGAAAUGCAGCGGAGCGGAGGGCCCGGUAACCCGUGCUAACCAGGAUGGAUGUGUGCAGUAGGAACCCAAACCGCACGGCACCGGUUGGUGAGGAUGGCCCUCACCGAGCCGACGUGCCGCUCUGCUCUCGGACCAACGGCUGGAGCUGGCCGCCACACCCCUUCCAGCUGCUGGCCUGGCUGCUCUACGUCUACUUCGCCGUCACCAGCUUCGGCGUGUUCGUCCCCCUGCUGCCCGCACACUGGAUCCCUGCAGGCUACAUCUGUACGGGCAUCAUGUUCAUCUGUCACCUGUGUGUCCACGUGAUGGCCGUGUCCAUCGACCCGGCGGACUACAACGUCAGAACAAAGAGUGACAAAGGUCCGGUUCCCGUGUUCGACCGCUCCAAACAUGCACACGUCAUCGAGAACUGCCACUGCUACCUCUGCCAGGUCGACGUGGGACCAAAGUCAAAGCACUGCAGUGCUUGUAACAAGUGUGUUGCCAACUUUGACCAUCACUGUCGGUGGCUCAACAACUGUGUGGGGAGCAGAAACUACAAGUUGUUCCUCCAUAGUGUGGUCUCGGCACUGUUGGGUGUCUGUCUGGUGCUAGUCGUCGCCUCCUACGUCUUCAUCGAGUUCUUUCUGGACCCAUCCAAACUCCGCACUGACAAACACUUCCUGGUGAGAAAUGAGACAGGUGUGUGGUUCCUCUUCCUGCCGGUGGCUCCGGUCCGAUCAGCAGCAGCAGUGAUUCCUGGUCUGGCUGCUGUCACCAUCGCUCUGGGUCUACUGUCGUCGGUGCUGCUCUGUCACCUGCUCUGCUUCCACAUCUACCUGAUGUGGAACAGACUCAGUACCUAUGAGUACAUUGUGCGGCAGCGUCACCGUCAGGACAACAGAGACUCAAGGAAACCAGGACCAGUGAAGGAGACGGCAGUUCCUUCAGUCAUCAAGGACUUGAACUACUCUGGGACUCUGGGUUACACCAACCCUCAGCUGGACGUGGAGGAACCUACCACUGUGUCUGUGCGGGGGGAGGCAGAGUUCCUGGCUAACGGCAGAGUAAGGAGUGUGUCCAGUCCUGUCGUGGAGGAAGACGCUCCACCCACCAUUUCCACAGAGCUGAAAGCAGCAGCACAUACACAAACACACCGACGCAUGCAGAAAAAGAAGAAGAAAGUCCAUAAAGUUCCGGCAGAGGUGACCAGAGAGCGCUGCCCAAGUACAGCCCCACCCCCAGCAGAGUCCAGCAGUGUGUCCUCUGUAUCCCUGAGUCAGCGACUUCCUUUUCCAGCAUUCCCUCUGAGGGCCUCCCUGCCCCCUCUGGCCCUCACCGCGGGCCCCGUCCAGGCUGCCGCCCCUCCUGCUGACUACCACUCGGACUCUGCAGAGUCUCUGGAGGAGAUCCCGGUGGCGUUGGCCAAAUUGGGCUCUUCGUCCUCUGCAGCUGCUGCCGGAGACACCUCCAUGUCUUCACACAGAGCCGUCCCAGCAUUCCCCCUGCCCUCCCCCCAGCCCAGGACUAAAAGGAAGGCCUCCUCCCGUGCAAAUAAGAGUGCAGUGGAGCUGAGGUUCGAGAUGGCUUCUGCUCAGCCUCCCACCGUGUUCGUCAGCCGGGCAAGCGGAGAGGCUACUGGGCUCCGAGAGGAAGGCCUCAGUCUGGGCAGGAGGCAGACCGGCUCUAAGCCCAGCUCUAGGCCUGGAUCCAGGCCUGGCUCCAGACCGGCGUCUCGUGCGUCACUGGGCUCAGGUGCGGCCUCCUGGAUGGAGCGAUAACCUGAGCAGACUGGAACAAUCUAAUCUCUUUUAUCUUUUUACAAUCACCUGUGCUCUCUGCAGCCACGCACAACAGUCUUUAUUUAAUCCAGUUUUAUUUUUGAAGAGUUUUUGUAUCUCUGACUAUUUAUUGGUUUUGACAAUGACUCAACUUUUUAAUUCUGAAUGCCAAAGGUGAGAUCCUGUCUGUGCACAAUAUCUAUGCACUACCGGUCGAAAGAUUUAUAAAACCUCCCAUUUUUCCAGUUAUUACUGAAAGUUCAGCAGCUCAAGUCUACUGAAAAACCUUAACUUGGUACAAAGGUCAGUGGUAAACUUGUAGUCAACCAAAACCUGAGAUAACCCUGUAAACUUUAUAAAAAAAUAUAGUAAAUGAAGCUUUGACUUUAGUAGAUGACUGACAAACCCUCAAUAUGUACAAAGACAGUGUUGGAAAAAAGUGUGUUACUUCACCCUCUGAUGCAUUAUAGGACAACGCUGUACUGCGGUGAGGAAAAGACAAGUAACAGAAAAAGACACACUGGUUGUUCAGGGCUUCAUCCUACGGCACGAUAAUGACCCAGAACAUUAGAAGAACAGGAUCAGACGGUGGCCUCACAUGAUGGAAGACCAGCACAGUCUCCAGACCUGAACCCCAUGGAGCUGGUUUGGGAUUCUGGACAGAAGGUGAAAGCAAAGCAACCUGCAGGUGCAACAGUGUUGGGAUGAGCUGUCUGAACAAUGUUUGGUUUCCAGUGUAGAAAGAAACGUCAGGAGUGAGUUCAGCUGCUGGAUGAGUCAAAAAUUUAGAUUCAAUUUAGUUCAACAACAAGAUUCAAUGAUUCCUUGUCUUUAAAAUCUCAAACUGCUUAUUUGUUCUGUGCUUUAAUUUCAGAAACACUGAGUCACUGAAUUAUGUAAAUUUCAGUAACAGCUGGAAAAAUGGAGGCGUCCUAAGACUUUUGUUGGGUAGUGUACCUGAAGGACUUUGAUUUCUGACUGGACGUUUUUUACUGAACCCCCCCCCCCAAAAAAAAAAAAAAAUUACAAACUCAUGAGCUCCUUGUUGUUGUUUUUACUGUUUCCGGAGGGCUUUAUAGGAAGCUGAUGUCCUGAUAUCACUUCCUCACACAUCUCUGCUACAGCUGCAGUAACAACCGGAAAUACACAAGAACGGUAGUGUAAACACCCCAUGUUCAGAACAUCUGUGGAGCCCCAAAAGGACCAGUAUUAAAUAAAUACAUGAAAUGAAUACGAGUCACUACAGUUUAUAGUAAAUUGUAGAAAAGAACCAAUAAAUUAAACAAAAUAAUUAAACUAUUAAAAGUCAUGGCUCUAACAUAUUUUUUCAUCAUUAGAACUCACUAGAACUUAUUUUUAUUUGUCUAUUGAUAUUUGUAUUUCAAAAAGCUUUUUUACUGCAUUUUUCAAACAAUUUUAUUUUUUCUUUUCAGCCAAUCAGAGACCACCUCCUUCUCUUUCUCUCUGAGUGUUCAGUGUUGGCUGAUGUCCGGCCAAUGAAUGAUUCAGUACAGAAAACCUCCUGAAACAGUUAGUUAUUGUUUUUACACUUUGUUUUUUGUACAGAGGAGCCAAGUUAGUUGUUUCCCUCUGUUUCCAGUCUUGAUGCUAAGCUAAGCUAACUCUUUUCCCUCUGUUUCCAGUCUUGAUGCUAAGCUAAGGUAACUGUUCUCCCCCGUUUCCAAUAUUGAUGCCAAGCUAAGAUAACUGCUCUCCCCUGUUUCCAGUCUUGAUGCUAAGCUAAGGUAACUGUUCUCCCCCGUUUCCAAUAUUGAUGCCAAGCUAAGAUAACUGCUCUCCCCUGUUUCCAGUCUUGAUGCUAAGAUAAGGUAACUGUUCUCCCCUGUUUCCAAUAUUGAUGCCAAGCUAAGAUAACUGCUCUCCCCUGUUUCCAGUCUUGAUGCUAAGAUAAGCUAGCCAGCUUAGUGGGCUCAGUCUGAACACCUGACUCUCACAGGGAAAGAGAACAGGAGGAUGUACCUGAUUGUUGAACAUGAAGUCGUGUGCAGGAGGAUGUUUCGGCUUAAGUCUCUUUUGAGAUGCUUUUGAUUUUAUUUUUUUUCACUUGUCAGCUGAUUUUAUCUGUUUAACAAUAAAUGACGAAAACUGA